GUUUAAAAAGAGUAUUAGUAUAACAGACUAUUAUAAAUACAAGACGAUGGUUGUUGAAAAGACUAACAGUUAUACAGUCAAUAAUAACAGAACACCUCCUGCACGCUCCAUGACUAGAAUACGGGCAGCAAGAUUCCAACCAACGGCUAUAAAUCGCAUUCAGACACCCUCAAAAAACGUCAACUAGAAAGAAUUUAAAUUCCAAUGUCACUACAAUAUACAAAAUCAACAUGCCAGCGACAGCGUCAUCAAACGGUAAUGCAUUAGAAGUAAAAAAUGAAAUGCCGCCGCAAGAUGUCGAGGCAAUGGAUAUUGAUUAUGUUUACGAAAAUGGCAUUGCUUGUUCUCAAGAUACUAAUGUCACUCAAUCAGCAAGUCAUUCAAAAAGCAAAUCAAGAUACUCAGAAUCAGAUAAAACAAAAGGAAGAAAUGAUUUAGAAGAACCAACUCAAAUCAAAGAGACUUGUACAAAAAAUGAAACAAACACAGCUAACAGCUGUUCCAGUAAACUCAAGAGAAAAAGACCGGCGUCUAUAAUACUUCAUGUAUCACAUGUCAGAAUUGGAGAUUUAGUGGGAAAAGCAUCACAACCAAUCAGAAUCCAAGCUCAACGAAUUCUCAUAGAAAUGGAGUUGAAAUCAACGGUCAAAGAUUUUGAAAGUUUAACAUUUCAAAUUCCUUGUAAAGAUUUAUCAAACAUCAAUGUAAAUUUAUCUGAGCCACCAUUUGUUAUUGUGGUAAUGGUCAACAAGACUCGAUCUUUAUCUUUGCUUGAAGGCAUGAAGAAUAGAUUCAAACUAUUACAAAGUGAUGGAAAACUACAAGUGGUUAUGUAUUUAAGAUAUGAAGCCAUUCCUAAUGAUGUAAAGAGAGAAUUUGAAAAUUUACGAAGCGAUCUUGAUGCCAGUGUUCAUUGGAAUGAAAUAAGUUCUGAAAUGGCGUUGCAAGUUUUAAAUGAAGAUGAUAACCUAAGCAUUGAGAAAUCAAAGUACCAACCUGAGAAAAUAGAAAAGAAAAAACUAGAUGACGAAGAAAAAGAGGCAACAAAGAUUGUUUGUUCGCCAGUUGCCAAACGUCGACGUAAUAUGAUAAAUGUUAAUGACAAACAUAAGUCCAAUGGUGGUCGAGAGAAUGAAAUUCUUUGUCCCAAAGAUGACGAGCAAAAAUACGGCAAACCUGAUGAUUCAAAAGAAAGGAAUUACCGUAAGGUUAAUAAGUGUAGAGAUGGUCGAAAAACAAAGAAUUUUGUGACAGAACAAAGUUUUGAAGAAAAUAGAGUUGAGAUGAUGAGAAUGUUGUCACUUGAGAAUGAUCUUACGGAAAAGGAAAGUGCUUUGAAGGCACAAAAACGGAUGGUUGAAUUACGGGAUCUGGAAUUACAAGAGGAACGAAAUAAAGUUCGCGAAUUGCGUGUUUCGUUACGUGACGUGGAAACACAUCUCGAGACGGCUAACAGAAAACUCGUGGAACAGUCAAGACAGAAGGCUAUCGACGGCUCUCGUACAAAUGAUUUAGAACAAGAACUGUCUGAGUUGAGUUUACGUCUGAAUAACAACAGAACUGAAAAUGAGGAAAUGGUCAAGGAAUUAGAACAGACACGCAAUCGUUUUCGUGAAAGCCAGGCUCGUUUAAGUGAAAGUGAAGCGAAUCUGUUGGAGCAACAACAGAGAAUCUCGAGGACAGAAGAAGACAAUGAAAGAGAGAGACGGACGGUAGAAGAACUACGACGUGAUUUGGAACAAAAACAUUUAGAUUUAUCACAAGAACGUGAACGACGUCAAAGAGUUAGUGCUUGUUUGACUGAUUUACGAAGUCAAAUGGUAACAACUCGAGCGGAGUAUGAGAAUAGGAUUCGUAGAAGCAAUGAGGAAUAUCAGAGGAUGCAGAGGAACUACGAGGAAUGCGAUAACCAGCUUCGAUCAACUCGUCAACAGUUGGAAGACGCGAACCGUGCUUUGCAUCGAGCCCAGGAGACUGUUGAUGAAUACUCUAGGAUGCAGCCGCGUGAUUGGACGAUAGCGCGAGAUGAGAUUGAGAUCACGGAAAGGGUGCUCGGUCAAGGGGCGUGGGGUUGGGUAAAAGAAGGAGUGCUACGUGGCACAUCUGUGGCUGUAAAACAAAUGCAUGAGUUGAUAAUAUCUCCCCACAAUCAACGGCUUUUUGAACGUGAAAUGCAAAUUGCUUCGAGAUGUCGUCAUCCAAAUUUGUUACAAUUUAUCGGUGCAACGAACGACAAUGGCGUAGCGUUGCUCGUCACGGAACUGAUGGAUAUUGAUCUUCGAUCAAUUCUCAAACAACGCUCGCUCUCCCAUGAUGAAGUUGUGUCCAUAGCACUUGAUGUUUCCAAAGGACUCAACUAUCUUCAUCUCACCAAGCCGUUUCCCAUCAUACAUCGCGAUAUAAGUUCGACGAAUGUGUUGCUGUGGCAACGUGGUGAUACAUACCAUGCCAAACUGUCAGAUUAUGGAGCUGCUAAUUUUAUGCGUCAAUGUAUGACCGUCAGUCCUGGUGCUUGUAUUUAUGCUGCACCCGAAUCAACGACGUCACAACAGUCAACUAAGUUGGAUGUCUAUAGUUUUGGAUUACUCCUUUGCGAAAUGUCUAUACGUCAAUUGCCUGUGCCUGGUGAAACACGCGAUCAAAUCCGAUCAAUCACCAAUGCUCGCCUUCGUGAACUUGCCGAACGAAGUACUCACGUGACAAGCGAAGCUCGACCGACGAUGGCCGAGAUUCUUACGGUCUUGCAACGAGAAUCUGCGAACUCUCAGUUUGGGACAGUUGCCGUCAAUAAUCGACAAAUUUUAGUGACGUAAGAUAGCAAACGUAUGUUUCGAGUCAAAUUUUUAAAACAUAAGAAAAUUUAAAUGUUAGGGUUUUAUUCAAAGUUUUGUUGAUGAAACUUCACUUAG